AUUGCAAUGCGCGGUGGAAGUUGUUGUUUAGGGACAGCCGCCCUUCACCGCCACUCACCACGCCCACGCCCAUCAACACAGGGAUAUUUGGCUCAUCAUCACCUCAAGCUUCCAAGUUGAGCGAGAUUUAUGGAGGUCAGAUGAUUAAUGGACAGAGCCUUCACUAGUUUAAUACCCCACGCAAGUUUGUGAAGCUGUAUAGACUCACCAAAUAGUAAAUGGCAGCCUGAGGUGGAAUCUCCAGGUAUGAGUGUGCCCAUGCCGGCCUACGCAAGGUCCACCCAUCCCACAGUGGACGAAUUUGAGGAUGACAUGGACGCUGUGGCCCUUGAUCUCAGCCAGUUUGAGCUCCGAGCCCCACCUCGCCGCAGCAGCCGCCACUGGUCCCCGUCCCCGUCCCCCUCACCCCCGCCCCUGCCGUCUUCUCAGGGGGGAAAGCGCCAGCCACUCCCUAUGAACUGGCUACUGAGACCCGAAGGAGCCCCCAAUGGUCAGCCUCCUCCUCCUCCUUCCCAGGCGUACUCCUCGGCGAUGGAAAGGCAGUUUACAAGAGAGAGUUUUGCCGCCCCACCCAGUGACUACCCUGCUCCUCCCCCUACGAAUUUCCACCCUCAUCCACAGAGAGGGUACUCCCUACCCCCACCAAGAAACUACUCCCCACCGCCACCCAGUGACUACUUUCCUCAUCCCCAAAGAGGGUAUUCUCCUUCCCCGCCUGAUGACUACCCUCCCUCUGUGCAUGACUACCCUCCCCACCCUAAUGACUACCCUCCCCACCCGAAUGGCUACCCUCCUCACCCCAAUGGCUACCCUCCCCACCCAAACGACUACCCUCCACACCCAAAUGACUAUCCUCUCCACCCUAAUGACUACCCUCCCCACCCCAAUGGCUACCCUCCCCACCCCAAUGACUACCCUCCCCACCCAGAUGAGUACCCAGCCCCCCAGAGAGGCCACCUGGCACCCCCACCAAGAGGUUACGCCGAUCACUUACCAAACGACUACUACCCCGCCCUAAAUGACUACCCUCCCCCUCUAGGCGACUACCCCCCACAGACCUGGAGCUACACCGCGGCUCCCCCAUGGAGUACCCCCGUCAAGCUCCUCCCCCGCCGAGAGGUUACUUCCAAACACUCCCCGCCCACAGAGGCCACCCUUCCCAGUACAGGGACUACUCUCCGCCGCCACCACCCGCAGCGUCUGUACGAGGGCGUUCUCCCCCUAGACUUGAGUACUCCCCACCCCCGAGACGCAGAGGACGCUCCCAGCCUGGCUCCCCGCCUCCCCAGCGCCGAGGGAUCUCUCCUCAGCCGCGAAGGAACACUGGCUACUCCAGACACUCCCUCCUCCGCCCUCCCGCACUCGCUCAUCUCAAAGAAGAUCGACUUCAAAAUCUCGACAUCAUUCCCCCUCCCCCCCACGCCCCUCCCGCACCAGAUCCUCUCAAAGAAGAUCCCCAGAGCCACGCCGCCCUUCCCCCUCCCCCCAACGCCCCUCCCGCACCAGAUCCUCUCAAAGAAGAUCUCCAGAGCCACGCCGCCCUUCCCCCUCUCCCCAACGCCCCUCCCGCACCAGGUCCUCUCGCAGAAGAUCUUCCCCACAGCCUCGCCGCUCCUCUCCCUCACCGGAGCCCAAAAAGUCCCCGCAGAAGAAACCCGGGAUUCUGAAGAACAGCAGCACAAGGGGCAGCGAGGCAAGCAGGGGCACGAAUAACAAUCGCACCAAGAGAACCUCCAUUCAGACGAAGCAGAAGAGACCGUACGUGCCUCCGCCGGAUUAUGACACAGAUCCAAAGGUCGCCUAUCUCCCCUCACCUGACUACUGACGGAGGCCCAGCGGAAGCUCCUACUAAAUUCUUGAGGAGUGAAAAACUGUGGAAUUUUUUUUGUGAACUGUGAUUUUUGUUGUGUAUAUGGGGAAGAAAAGUGAAGGGAGAGUGUGAAGGCUGGUGUGGUGUUGUGCCUCGGUGUUGAUACUAAUCUAGCCUUGACAGGAGAGGGAGUGUUGGGAAUCACGUGACAAUCUUGAAAAAUGCCCAGAGUUAUGCUUAUCUGUUGAUUAUAAAGGUGUGAAUAGAAUAGAUCGUGGUC